CACCACCAUAGGUGGACCUCCUCGCCGAUUACACCGUCGUUGAUUUGGUCGGUUCUCGUAAUUACCAUUGCAGGCCUUCAGUGAUCUUUUCUGUCGCCAGUUGUUCGUUGCUUUUCGAUUGAAAUGUGUUCUCGUGACUCCGCGCUUGUCGUCGAUUAUUAGGCAUCCGUGUUCAUUGUCAGUGGUAGUGUUUAAAUAAAACCAAUUGUAUACACUGUAGGCGCAUAUUUAACUUCAAUUUGAAACAAUUAACGUUCAAAUCGCAGUGCCUGCAGUUUAUUCUAUUAAAAACGACUCGAAACGAUACGAAAAACGACCACAAUACAUUCCUAGUAUCACAAAAAGAAUUAUGUUGAGUGGUAAAAUUUAUUCCAUUUAAUCGUUCCAUUAAUAAAUUCACGUGUGUAAAAAAUCGGAUAAUAAAAAGUGCUAAUAGUUGUGAAAGACUAAAAACCAUGUCUACUCAAAAAUACUACAAAGAUAGACUUGGUUUCGAUCCUCAAGAAGCUAUGUUUGAUGGAGCUCCACACGAAAAAUACAGAAAAACUGGAGAAAAUAAGAAGGAACCGCAUGGAUACGAGGAGAAUUUGACGAAAUUUAAAGGUACAACUAUAUGGGAAUAUUUUAUUGAAUCUACAGAUGAACGAGAUGCCAUUCAAAAGAAAACAUUCACAAAAUGGGUCAACAAACAUCUCAAAAAGAGUUAUACUUGUCUGCACGUUUGUGUCACAAUCAACAAUUCUCCCUGUUGUCCACCGUCCGCAAACAGACAGAUCAGAGAUCUUUUCGAAGAUCUGAGGGAUGGCCAUAACCUAAUUUCUCUGUUGGAAGUUUUAACUGGCGAACAACUUCCAAGAGAAAGGGGUGUGAUGCGAUUCCAUAUGUUACACAAUGUUGAUACGGCACUUCAUUUUCUACGAUGUAAAAAAAUAAGAUUAGUUAAUAUAAGAUCCGAAGAUAUUGUUGAUGGCAAUCCAAAACUAACACUGGGGCUUAUAUGGACUAUCAUUUUGCACUUCCAGAUAUCUGAUAUAGUAAUUGGACAAGAACCGAAUGUUUCUGCAAAAGACUAUUUGUUGCGAUGGGCCAAACGUACCACACACAAAUAUCCAGGAGUACGUGUUACAGACUUUACAACAUCCUGGAGAGAUGGUCUUGCCUUUAGUGCCAUUAUACAUAGAAAUAGACCGGAUCUUAUUGAUUAUCGUACCGCGAGAACACUUCAUGCCCGCCAAAGGAUCGAACAAGCCUUUUAUAUUGCCGAAAGAGAAUAUGGUGUCACCAGACUUUUAGAUCCUGAAGAUGUUGAUACUCAUGAACCAGAUGAAAAAUCACUCAUAACGUACAUUUCUUCACUCCACGAAGUUUUCCCUGAACCACCUCCAAUCCAUCCAUUAUAUGAUGCAGCAGCUCAGCAGAAAGUUCAAGAAUAUAGAGAAAUUGCUUCUUCGCUUCACUUAUGGAUAAGAGAAAAAUAUAGCUUAAUGCAAGAUCGAUCAUUCCCACCCACGCUUAUUGAAAUGAAAAAAUUGGCUACUGAAUCCUCAAGAUUCCGGACCGAUGAAAUACCUCCACGACAACGAGAAAAACAAUAUUUAAGUCAAAUGUUUCAUGAACUCGAAAAAUAUUUCAAGUCUAUUGGUGAAGUUGAUAUUGAACCUGAACUACAUAUUGAAAACAUAGAGAAAAAUUGGAGACGACUUAUGGAUGCUUAUCAAGAAAGAGACAGACUCAUUUCAGAUGAAUUAAAUAGAUUAGAAAAACUUCAAAGAUUAGCGGAAAAAAUCCACAGAGAAAUAAAACAAACCGAUGCAAACAUGGAUGUAAUUGAAAGAAAUAUCGAAGAAGAGUCGAGAAGGAUCGAACGUUUGCAUCCAUUAGAUGCCAAAAAAAUUGCUGAUCAAAUUGAAUCUGAUCUGACUGUUGUUGAAGAUAACAUUAAAUCUAUAAUGAACGAUAUUCACAUUUUACAUUCGGGGCGAUAUCCACAAGCAUCCGAACUUGAUAAAAGAGCUAAAAAACUUCACGAAAGAUGGGUGCAACUGAGACGUCUUUUGCACAACAACAUCGUUAGACCAUUAGCCAACAUGAGUUUCCCUGUUGAGGAAAGAACAGUUACCAAACAUAUUAGAACCGUCCAAGAAACAAGAAAUGUCGACACAAAUCCUCAUUUCAGAACAUUAUUGGAUGCUAUUGAGUGGUGCAAAACGAAAUUGAAACAAUUACAAGAAGCAGAAUAUGGUACUGAUUUACCAAGUGUCCAAUCAGAACGCAACAUUCAUCAACGUGAGCACAAACAAAUUGAUCAGUAUCACUCUAAAGUUGAUACAUGCAUAAAAGCCCGCCAAUAUAUCAAUACAGAAGAUUUACCCCUCUAUAAUCAACAUUUGAAUGAAUUACAGAAAACAUACGCUGAACUUUUAUCAUUUUCCAAUAAUAGAAUGAGUGAUCUUGAUAGUUUGUUAGAUUUUAUUCAGUCAGCUACAAAUGAAUUAAAUUGGUUAAGUGAAAAGGAAGAAGUCGAAGUUUCGCGUGAUUGGUCCGACACUAAGAUGAACUUAAAAGGUGUUGAAAAAUACUAUGAGAAUUUGAUGAGUGAAUUGGAAAAACGAGAAAUACAAUUUGGUGCUGUGCAAGAUCGCGGUGAAGCAUUAGUCCUCCAAAAUCACCCUGCAAGUAAGGUAAUCGAAGAGCAUAUGGCAGCUAUGCAAGCCCAAUGGGCGUGGCUUUUACAACUGACCCAUUGUCUUGAAGAACAUUUAAGAAAUGCUCAAAACUAUCAAACAUUUUUCAAAGAUAUUGCGGUUGCUGAACAAUGGCUUAAAGAAAAAGAUGAAAUCAUGAAUACUGAAUUCAGUCAAUCUGAAUUUACUCUAGAUGUCGGUGAGAGGUUAUUACAAGGAAUGCAGACUCUGAGAGAUGAAUUAAACGCUUUUGGAGAUCAGGUUCAAUCGUUGUCUGCUCGAGCUCAAGAAAUUACACCGUUAAAGCAGAGAAAACAACCUAUUACUCGACCAAUUACUGUAACUGCUAUUUGUAAUUACAAACAAAAUAAUUUUGUAAUUGAAAAAAAUAAGGAAUGUACACUUACGGAUAACUCAGGUCGCAUUAAAUGGCGUGUCCAUAACAGUAAAGGAAUCGAAGCACAAGUACCCGGGGUUUGUUUUGUCAUUCCUCCACCAGAUAAAGAAGGGUUAGAAGCUGCCGAUCGAUUAAGAAGGCAGUACGAUAGAUCUAUUGCAUUAUGGCAGAAAAAACAACUUCGAAUGAGACAAAAUAUGAUUUUUGCUACCAUUAAAGUUGUUAAGGGUUGGGACUUGCCACAGUUUAUUGCUAUUGGCGCUGAACAACGAAAUGCUAUAAGAAAAGCCUUGAAUGAAGAUGCAGAUAAAUUAAUGGCAGAAGGUGAUCCGUCAGAUCCACAAUUACGUCGUCUAAGACGGGAGAUGGAUGAAGUCAAUAGAUUAUUUGAUGAAUUGGAAAAACAAGCAAGAGCAGAAGAGGAAAGCAGAAACCAAACACGAAUAUUCAACAGCCAAAUUGCCUCACUGCAGCAAACUCUUGAUGAAGCCGAACGAAUUAUUAAUCAACGUGUGAUAGCUUCAUUGCCUCGUGAUUUAGACACGUUACAACAAUUACUUCUUGAACACAAAGAAUUCGAAUCUCAGUUGCAAAAUCUUGAGCCGGAAAUUGAACAAGUUAAAGAUACUUUCCGUAGCAUAACACUGAAAACGCCUCAACACAAAAAAGAUCUAGAGAAAAUUCUCAAUAAAUGGAAUUACAUAUGGAACACGAGUAAUUUAUAUCACGAGCGACUUAAAUGUUGCGAAAUUGUCUUAAAUUCAAUGGAAGAUGCUCAGCAAGUUAUUUCUGAAUUUGAAAGUAAAUUGGCUCUUUUCAAGGAACUACCCGCAACAGAGAAAGCUUUAGAAACUGUCCAUGAUGAUUUGCUUAAAUUACAAUCUGCAGUUGGGCAGCAACAAAUUGCUAUGGAUCAGCUUAAUGAUGAUUUUGAUAAUACUAAACGUCUUACGGAAAAAUCUAGACCAAACCACAGAGGUCCACACAAUGAUGUUAUAAGAUUAGAAAACGAAAUUCAAAAGUUAAAUAACCGAUGGAAUAACGUAUGCGGUCAAUUGGCUGACAGAUUAAGAGGCUGUGAACAAGCAUAUAAUAUGUUAAAAAAAUAUCACAAAGGAAAGGAAAACGAAGAUGCUUGGUUAGAUGAUACAUAUGGAAAACUACAAACAGUACAACCCAUCAAGGAGAGAGCAAAAGAUCAUUUCGACGCUACAAGAGUAUGUUUCAAUUAG